UUCCGUCCUAAAUCCAGGUAUAAGACCCCACGCUCCGCCGCGCUCCGGGGUCCGGCCACCAAGCCUUCUGCAUCCCAGUCAGUUCACUGAGCGCGCAACCGUCAGCCAUGGGCGCCGGCGACGGCAGCGGCCCGCGCCCCAAGGUGCAGGACCCGAUGACCCCGUGCGACGUGGGCGGCGUCCAUUUUUCGCCCGACGGCCGUCCUCCGAGGCCGCCGCCCGCCGCCGCCCAGCGUCACGCGCCCGACCCGGCGUUGUACGAAGUCACGGGCAGGCUCCUGCUCGCCACGGCGGGGGCGUUCGCGGGCGUGCUCCUGGCGCUCGUCGCGCUGCACCUUUACAACGGCUCCCGCCGCCGCCGCGUCGCCGCCGGCCGCCGCCGCCUGCUCCGGAGCCUGGCCAUCGCCGGAGCCGGCGAGGACCGCGACGGCUCCGCGCCCUCGCCGCGCGGGCUCGACCCCGCGGUGCUCGCCGCGAUACCCGUGGUCGCGGUCGGCGUGGGCGGGGACUGCGCGGUCUGCCUCUCCGAGCUCGAGCCCGGGGAGAAGGCCCGCUCGCUGCCGCGCUGCGGCCACCGCUUCCACGUCGAGUGCAUCGACGCCUGGUUCCGCGGCAACGCCACGUGCCCGCUCUGCCGCGCCGACGUCGUCGUCGUCGCGAACGCGCCGUCCGCGGCCGCCGAGGACGGAGCGCCGCCGGAGCUGCGCAUAGACGUGGCAGGGGACGCUGCGGCCGAUGCAUCGGUAGCGCCGCCGACGAUGGCGAGGCUGCCGAGCGGCACGGAUCUUGGCAAGGCGAGGCAAGUCUUCGCUUCCGCCCGCUUUGCCGCUUCCUUCUGAGAGGCUGCAAUCGGGCCACUCAACUCGCACAGGACUUCGGAAGCUUCCUCUGUUUUUUCCUACACGGAUCUGCUGGCCUCCAUUGUUCGGGAGCGUCCUGCCACUGUACAUAGAUUUGUUGGUGAUCAUGCAUGGGCUUACCAUGAUUUGGUGUACGAUUUUGGCAGAUGAAUAUAAUUUUUUGGAUCUUGAUGUA